CUGCCGGCAGCCGGCCGCCCGCUCCUGGUCUGCGUUCAGAGGCGGCUCCGCACGCGCGCCGGUGCCGGACCGCUCAAACCAUGAACUACGUGGGGCAGCUCGCGGGCCAGGUGUUUGUGACAGUGAAGGAGCUCUACAAGGGGCUGAACCCCGCCACGCUGUCGGGGUGCAUUGACAUCAUCGUGGUGCGCCAGCCCAAUGGGACCCUGCAGUGCUCCCCUUUCCACGUCCGCUUCGGGAAGAUGGGGGUGCUGCGCUCCCGGGAGAAAGUGGUUGACAUAGAAAUCAACGGUGAAUCUGUGGAUUUGCACAUGAAAUUGGGAGAUAAUGGAGAAGCGUUUUUUGUUCAAGAGACUGAUAACGAUCAGGAGGUGAUCCCCACGCACCUGGCCACCUCCCCGAUCCUGUCCGAGGGCGCGUCGCGCAUGGAGUGCCAGCUGAAGAGGGGCUCAGCCGACUGGACGCGCGGCCUGGACCCCGGCGCCGCGGCCCAGGCGGUGCCCCCGCUCGAGGCCUCCUCCAGCGGCUCGCUCGUGAAGAAGAGAAGGAAACGGAGGAGGAAGCACCCUCGGGACAGCCUGAGGAGGGACGAGCCCGGCAACACGUCCGAGGAUGAGGACAUGUUCCCCAUCGAGAUGAGCUCCGACGAGGAGCGGGAGCUUCUGGACGGCGGCAGAACUCUUCCUAAUGAUAAGCCUGCAUUCCCAGAUGACGUUCCUAAGGAACAGCUCUGCUCAGCCACGACGCACGCCCUGGCCUCCUACCCUGGUUCUGAUAGAGACUGGUCAUCCAGCCCCAGCAGCCUGGUGGAUCGCAGAAGGGCCCCCCCCCAGCUGGCUGCCGGGGCCGAGGGAGGCCUUUCCAGCUCGUGUCCUCCGCAGUCAUCCCACUUCCACUCCUCGGAAAGUCCCUCAGCCUCCCGGCCCUCGACGCCCAAAAGCGACUCCGAGCUGGUCAGCAGGUCCCUGGAGAGGGCAGCGCCGAGGAACAACCCAGAAAUGCUCUGGCUCUGGGGGGAGCUGCCGCAGGCCGCAGAGUCAUCUCUACACAAGAUGAAAGACUCCAGCCCACUGAGCAGCAGAAAAAUCUCUGAAAAAACGUACUUUCAAGCCAUACAGAGUGAGUCUUCAGAUACCCUCAGCGACCCGUCCCCAGCUUCGGCCGGGGGUCCUGCUGGGCAGUCACUCCUCGGCCGGGACAAGCCCCAGGUGGAAAUGCAGUUUGUGAAUGAAGAAGAUGCGGCGGCCAUGGCAGCAGCAGCUCUGCCUCUACCUUCCAGCGAGGAGCCCAGGCCCCAGGCUGCUGGCGUUGCCCAGACGGCGAGCAAGACGGAUUCUCCUAGGAAAAAAGACAAACGAAGCAGACACCUCGGUGCGGAUGGGGUUUACCUGGACGAGCUCACGGAUAUGGAUCCUGAAGUGGCUGCGCUGUAUUUUCCCAAAAAUGGGGACCCUUCUGGGCUCGCAAAACACGGAAAUGACAGUGGCUCCAGGUCAGCCAACCAGUCCCCGCACUCCGUGGGCAGCUCCGGCGCCGACAGUGGCAUGGAGAGCCCCUCAGACGGCACACGAGACCUGCCGUCCAUCGCCAUCUCCCUCUGCGGGGGCCUCAGCGACCACCGGGAGAUAACCAAAGAUGUAUUUCUGGAACAGGCCGUAUCAUACCAACAGUUUGUGGACAACCCUGCCAUCAUCGAUGACCCCAAUCUUGUGGUGAAGAUUGGGAAUAAAUACUACAAUUGGACGACGGCCGCUCCACUGCUCCUGGCAAUGCAGGCUUUCCAGAAACCUUUGCCAAAGUCUUCAUGCUUAAGUUAUCUUAAUGUAAUUUUGGAUGCCAUUAGGUUUUGCUUCUCUAAAGUUUUUAAUCCACAAACAGCCACUGUGGAGUCCAUCGUGAGGGACAAGAUGCCCAGAAAGGGCGGCCGCUGGUGGUUUUCGUGGCGUGGAAGAAACACCACAACCAAAGAGGAAAAUAAGCCUGAGCAGUGCUUGGCUGGAAAGGGCCUCAAUACCGGAGAGCAGCUGCCGCAGCUUGGCAAGUCCCCCAGAAUCAAGCACGAGUCGUCCUCCAGCGAUGACGAGCCCGUGGCCGCCAAGCCCCCGCACUCGGGACCCCCACCACUGGCGUCCGGCGUCGGCUACAAGAAGACGCUGCGGCUCAGCUCACAGCAGCUGAAAAGCUUGAAGCUGAAGAACGGCCCCAAUGACGUGGCGUUCAGCGUCACCACCCAGUACCAGGGCACGUGCCGCUGCGAGGGCACCAUCUACCUGUGGGACUGGGAUGACAAGGUUGUCAUCUCCGACAUCGACGGAACCAUCACCAGAUCCGACACUCUUGGCCACAUUUUGCCUACUCUUGGGAAGGACUGGACACACCAGGGGAUUGCGAAGCUGUACCACAAAGUGAGCCAGAAUGGAUACAAGUUUCUCUACUGCUCCGCGCGUGCCAUCGGGAUGGCGGACAUGACCAGGGGGUACCUGCACUGGGUGAACGAGCGGGGGACGGUGUUGCCGCAGGGGCCCCUGCUGCUGAGCCCGAGCAGCCUCUUCUCUGCCUUGCACAGAGAAGUGAUUGAAAAGAAGCCAGAAAAGUUUAAAGUCCAGUGUUUGACAGACAUCAAAAACCUGUUUUUUCCAAACACAGAACCCUUUUAUGCUGCUUUUGGAAACCGACCGGCUGAUGUAUAUUCAUACAAGCAAGUAGGAGUGUCUCUGAAUAGAAUAUUUACCGUCAAUCCCAAAGGAGAACUGGUCCAAGAACACGCAAAGACCAACAUCUCAUCGUACGUGAGACUCUGUGAGGUGGUGGACCACGUCUUCCCGUUGCUGAAAAGAAGCCAUUCUUCAGACUUUCCCUGUUCAGAUACGUUCAGUAAUUUCACAUUUUGGAGAGAGCCGCUGCCGCCCUUUGGAAACCAGGACGUCCAUUUGGCCUCCACAUAGCAUGUCCGAGCUGCUCCUGCCCUCGACGCUGCGGCGGCCACCGCACAUUAAAGGAUAGGUUUGGGGGACGUGGAGCUGGAGUCCGCAGUCUGCCGUGCCCUCAUUUGCUAAGAACAGAAAGGAUUUGGAGGAGGUCUCCCCCACGCACCCCAGGGGUGACCUUCCAGGGGAGAGGGGUGUCUCUGUAGGAAGGAAUUGCCGGGUGAGGCGGCUGGGUGUGCCCUAGGUGAAGAGCGGGCGCGUUUCCGUUAACUGCGACGCCUCUGCAGCCACCUGCCUCACGGGGAGCUCGGGCAGGGUCGGGCCGGGGGCGCUGGGCCUUGCUGCACGAGGUCCCUGCUGUUUGCUGCUGCCCUGGCUCUCGGGGUACCUUCCUCUCCACUCGUCAGGUUGGCGAUGCCCGAGGGCUGUGUUUCCCCUCCUCCCUGCGGCUGGAGGUGGCUGCUUAUGCCCUGACGCAGCUCUGGGGACAUCUGCCAGGAAGUGCCAGGCCCAGCCCCGUGCCCAGCGGCACCUUCGGUUCCGCCGGUGGCAGCAGCGGCCUUGAGGUGUCUGCAGCGGCUCUGCUGGCGGCCGGGGCUGGAGGGUCCUCGAGCAGGGUCUGUGCCACGGGACAGUGACAUUGGUCCUAAGAAAAUAGUGUCAGCAGGUUUAAAUUAUAUCCUUAGGUGUUAUUUAUUCCGUUACUCUGAUUGAGUUGUUAUAAAUAUCUUAGACAUAUCCUAUUACAACUGCUAUUAAUGCAUUAAAAAAAUACACGUUGGACUGUCCACAGAGCCUUAUUCUGUAUAUCUCAUAAGACCGAUUCUUUUGGAAUUUAAGAGUGAUACUUUUCUUCUCCUUAACCUUUUUCCCUCAAAUUAAGGGCAAAUGGAUAAGUAGUAGUUUGAGUGACAUUAUGCCUGGAGGGGCCUUCAUGUGUUUAUUAAAUUGGCUUGUAGAUGGACAAUGUGAAAAGUGAAAGAAUUAUUUUAGUGAAAGAUUUUGCUUUACUUUUUGAAGUAUUAUUUUUUUAGUGUUCUACUCCAGUGACUGAAAUAUUUUCAUAUUUAAAGAGCAUUGUUAGAGCCGUAGAAGAGAACAAAAGUGGAACAGUUUACUGAACGUUUACUCUUUCCGUGAAAGACGCCCCAGCAGUGCCGCCGGCGCCGCGAUGGUUGGGGCCUGGUGUCCACCCGCGACGGUGCGUGUCCGAGAGGCUGCGCUAACCCGACAGGCUCAGUGCCACGGCGCGUCCCAGAGGCUGCGCUAACCCAACAGGCUCGGCCCCUUGGGGCUGCAGUGGCCGCCUGGACUCCUCCCAGGUGAGGGAUUUUGGUGCGAAUUCUGUCGUGCACCACGUGUGGCUCACAGGCUCUUGGAGGUGUCCCGUUUCUCCUGGCGCAGGGAGUGCAUAGAGGAGCCCUCGGGCAGUUUGUCCGUCUCAGGUCGGCCGGCUGCAGUGCAUGCUGCACAUGAGACUUGGAGCACGCAGCUUCGGAUGCCUCGUUUCGAUGUACCGUAAAAUCGCAGCACUGCAGGCCAUCGCAUCGCCUGCUCUCUGAAAGCCAUGCUCAGGGCUGUGUGACAUUUCACCUGCAGCUUCUGGAAACCUGAUCCACACACGGACCUCGCUCACGCACGUUCGCACGCAUUUCUAUCACCCAGCAGCCCUGCAGCUCUGCACUGGAAUGCCACGUGUGCAACACACACCGCAAAGCCGGCCUGUGGGAACACAGCACUCCUUAGCAAAGUCAUUGUGUGUGCACCCAGGCGAUGAAGAAAAAUGCUUACUGCACAACCUUCAAAGUCUAUUCCCUUUUCAAUUUAAGCCUUAGAUUACCAUUUAGGUAAUUUAUGUAUGACUUCUGAUCUGCAUUUGUAUAUGCCAGUGCAAUGAUAAAAAUCACUGUAAAAGUUCAUUGCAUUCUGCUGGAUGCAAAGUUAGAAAAUACAAUAAAUGAGACUGAUGAAAGAA